CUCUCCAGUUCAAGCGGAUAGCCUUCCCAGACAGGAUAUAAAAACAAACCCCAGUCACACUGCCAACCCUGUGUUUCUCACAACCCAAAUGGAUUCCCGGGACAAGUGGAGCAAAAAAAUGGAUUUUCUUUUAUCAGUGAUUGGAUUUGCUGUAGAUUUGGGCAACGUCUGGAGGUUCCCUUAUAUCUGUUAUCAGAACGGAGGGGGGGCCUUUCUCAUUCCUUACACUCUGAUGGCCAUCUUUGGAGGAGUACCUCUCUUCUACAUGGAGCUGGCCCUGGGACAGUUUCAUAGGACAGGAGCUAUCUCCAUCUGGAAACACAUCUGUCCCAUCUUUAAAGGCAUUGGCUUUGCUAUUUGCAUCAUCGCCCUAUAUGUCUCCUUCUACUACAACACCAUCAUUGCCUGGGCCUUGUAUUAUUUCUACUCCUCCUUCACUGGUACCCUGCCCUGGACAAGCUGUGACAAUCCCUGGAACACCCCCAACUGCACCAACUACUUUGGAAAGAGCAACGUGACUUGGACCACCUUCUCUAAGUCGCCAGCAGAAGAGUUUUAUACGAGAAAGGUCCUUGAGAUUCAGAAAUCCAGUGGCCUGUAUGACGUCGGCGGGAUCCGCUGGCAGCUUAUCCUUUGCCUUUUUCUCAUCUUCACGAUUGUUUACUUCAGCCUGUGGAAAGGAGUGAAAACCUCAGGGAAGGUGGUGUGGGUGACAGCUACGCUGCCUUACAUCGUCCUCCUCAUACUGCUGGUUCGGGGAGCUACCCUGCCAGGGGCUUGGAGAGGGAUCAUCUUCUAUCUCAGACCCGACUGGGAGAAGCUCAUGAGCACUGCUGUUUGGGUUGACGCUGCUGCCCAGAUCUUUUUCUCCUUGGGCCCAGGAUUUGGUGUUCUUCUUGCGCUUGCCAGUUACAACCAUUUCAACAACAACUGUUACCGAGACGCCAUUGUCACCAGCGCAGUGAACUGUCUGACCAGCUUCCUGUCAGGGUUUGUCAUUUUCACAGUGCUGGGCUACAUGGCUGAAAUGAGAGAUGUGGAGGUGGAAGAUGUAGCAAAAGAUAAAGGUCCAAGUCUCCUUUUUAUCGCCUACCCUGAGGCCAUUGCAAAUAUGGUGGGCUCUACCUUCUUUGCCAUCAUAUUCUUCCUCAUGAUGAUCACGCUGGGGUUGGACAGCACGUUUGGAGGCCUGGAAGCUGUGAUCACGGCGGUAAUGGACGAAUACCCUCACAUCCUAGCAAAGCGAAGGGAGCUGUUCGUAUUUAGCCUCAUCACCAUAUGCUUUCUGGGCUCUCUCACCACCCUUACGCACGGUGGAGCAUAUGUUGUCAAACUGCUGGAGGAGUUUGGUGCCGGCUGCUCAAUUCUGGCGGUGGUGUUACUGGAAGCAAUAGCUGUGUCAUGGUUUUAUGGAAUUCAGAGGUUCUGUAACGAUGUCAAAGCCAUGCUGGGCUUCACCCCAGGGAUAUUCUGGAAGGUCUGCUGGGUUGCCAUCAGCCCUGCCUUUUUAGCAUUUAUAAUAGUCAGCUCUCUGCUGGACCAGCCACCACUCAUGCUGUUUGACUAUCACUACCCCGAGUGGAGUAUCUCAGUGGGGUACCUCAUAGGAGCAUCGUCCUUCAUCUGUAUCCCUUUCUACAUGGUGUACAAGCUGGUCUGGACUCCUGGAUCCCUUAAACAGCGUCUAGCAGUGUGCAUUCGACCAGAGAAAGCCAUACGAGACCAGCACGCGGAUUCAGUAUGUAUGUCAUCAGUGCCAUAGUCCUAUGGUGCAUAAAAAGGGACAUUAGACUGCUGUUUGCCUUUACUGUUACUUACCAAACCAACUAAGGGACAGGGAAGAGAAAAGCUGCCAUCACUGUUUAAAUUGCUCCCCUGCUUCUCUCCCUAAGAGUUAUACUCACUGGCCAAAGCUCGCCACAAGGUGUGGAGAACACACCUAAUCCACUGUCUGUGAGCCAUGUCCUCCUUCCAUAGCAGCUGUACACAAACCAGCAUCUCAGUAAAAGACUGUACUGUCCAUGUCUUAAUAAUGGGCUCGAUCCAAUCUUCAAUGAAGGCAGUAAGUCCUUCUGCAACAAGAGCUGGAUUGGCCCUUAAAUGUCUGAAGUAUAAAUAAAAUUUUAUAGUCUGAGAGGAAGCCUGAUUGUUAUAGAAUCACAGAGACAUAGGACAGGACGGGACCUCAAGAGGUCAUCUAGUCACCUCCCCCCAUGCUAGUUUGGCAACCAUAUUUAUGAAGUGGGUUGUGCUCCCAACUUCCCUGUGACUGUAGCAUUGUUAAGCCCCGAAGUGGCGUCUUCUUCCAUAUCUGCACCGUCUGCUUAAAUGUUAGUUACACCAUUGCAGACAUGGUUCAGCUUGAGCCGAGGACACAACAGACCCAACAGAACUCCUGCCUUUGGAAGCACAAUUCCCAGUACCUGGUCUUCAGCCUUCUUUUCUCUGUUACAGCUCAUUUGAGCAUUCCACAAAGCAGAGCUGCUUGGAUUGCCAUGCCUGGAGUCCCUGUAGCCAUGGGGAAAACCACUAGUUGGAACUAUAUCUUGUGUUGUAUUUAAACCUAAAUCCACUUCCCUCCCAUCACUCUUCAGGAUUUUCCAAGCUGGGUUUCUUGUUAUCAAGGAGAUCUUGUUUAGAGAAAGGGUUUGCCCAUCCUCAUCAACAGCCCUUCCUCCUCCCUCAGCAACUGGGGUUCGGAUGGUACUUCAUUAACAUUGUGGCAUGACCUGGCUGCUAGAUCAGACAGGUACAGACAGUGGACUGAGGAGGAGGAACCUGUUCUUCACACACAUAUAGGGGAAAGAACAGCCAGCUGGGGAGAGUACAUAGAUGUGUGUACAUAGUCUUUUUUUUUUUUUUUUUCAAAUAUUCGGAGCCAAAUUUAACUGGCAAACAGUGUGGUAAGUUCUGUAUUAGAUAUAAAUUGGCCAGAUAAUAAUGGUAAGGCAUAGAGGAAUGUAACUUGCAUCAAAGCGUAGGUGGGUGUGCAAAACUAGAAGCAAAACUAGAGAAGCUGACAUGCUGAAAGGGCCCAGUAAUGUGGUGUAUAACAGGAGAAACAACUCAGAAGAAAACAUAAGAUAAGGCGAGGGCUUCACGGUGAUCGCAGUUACCCUUUGUACAUCCAGAGUAAUUCCACUGACUUCAGUCAAACUGCUCUAGUUUUACAGGAGGAUACCUAAGAUCACAAUCUGGCCCAAAAUGGUGCAUGCCAAAUCAGCACAAGUGACCCUCCUUUGCAACUGACAUGCAUUUGCUAGCCCCGAAACAGCAACCCCUGAAUGUGGCAGACAGACUUCCAUGGGAGGUGCACCUGGGUCUGGUAUCAAAGAGAAAAACAAAGCACAAGUAGCAAGUAUAACGCACUGCUGGGAGAGCAAAACAAGCUCUCCUCAUUGUUCACUUGUUUGAAAGUCAUGAUUCCAAAUUCAAAACCACUUGUGUUCCAGCUACCUGUGGGAUGAAUUCCUUAUUGCUAAUUCUGAUUCUGAGAUGAUACCCUAAUCCUUUGUGCCUCACAAAGAAGGGACACAUAGCUGUGAAUACUCUCUACAAGAGUAAGAUUGUUAUGGCUGACAUUACAAUUCAUGAAUCGUUUAGAAAUGCUUGCAGUCUCCUUGUUCCAACGUACUAAAUGUGGAGUGCAAAAGCCGCAUGAUUGCUUAUUUAACAUGUGAGUGAUGUGGAAAAUAAAUGUGACGCUGAGUGUUGUGACAUAAACCUAAUUACAGAUCUAGACUCUGAAAUUUUGUUUUCCUAAAAGUAAAAUGCAGUCAGAUGAUCUUAGAAUACCUUGCUGGGUUUUUUUUUUUUUAUUUUAAGUGUAUUAAUUGACUAGCUUCUACUGUGGAUCUAGAUUUGGAUCACCACUGGUCUGCGUGUGUUUCAUUGGGGAAACUGUGUGUAGAGGUAAAUUGAGCCAUCACAUAUCUAUAACCCUGGUUGCAGUUGCUGCUCUGCCUUAGCACUUAAACUGUAUUCUACCAAAAUAAAAGCCAGUUAGGGAAAUUCUAUUUAAAGGUGAACCACAAAGCUUUAGUUAGCUAACUAAACAUGCCAGGCAUAAUAACACCUAACAGCUAUGUAGUACGCUUUUCUCCAUAGAUCUCAAAUCACUUUACAAAGAGUCUCAGAAUCCCCAUUUUACAGAUGAGAUACCGAGAGGGGAAGCUACUUGCCUAGACAGAGCCAGGAACAGAUCCCAGAUCUCCUCAUUCCCUGUCUGGUGCCUUGCUGAGCCAAAGCUCAGCUAAGAUCAUUUCCUUUUUUUACUAACCUUCCAAGACCUGAGUUCAGGAUUCCACAUUUUAUCCUACGACUGACAACAUCCUAAAACAGCUCUCCCUACACUGCAAGAAGUAGCCGAGAGAGCACCAACUACAGCAGAAGAGACAGCAUCCCCAGCUUAGUGUAGUAUGUAAAGACCAGAAUGCUCUUUAACUAUUUUAUUUUUAAAAGUAAAUGUAAGAAAACCUAUCAAAACCAAAAACUUCAUGGUUAUCACUAUGUUGUCUUUUGGGAUUCCCUGAUACUCCACAACGACAGUGGGGACAGAAUUCAGAUCCUCCUGCUCCAAAUCAGGUCCCUAUAAUUUAGGCUAAAGGAGAAUCUCCAUUAGCUGUUAGCAGUAUAGGAUUUAUGACACUCAGUUGAGCAGUUCUGAAUCCAUCCAGUAAGACAGCAGUGGUACGCAUACACGCUACUCAGCUCAUUAAAUAAAUUGUACACAUUUUCCGCAUUAGUGAUCUGGAAACUUACACAGUUUCUUUAAAUCUUUUCAGUUCAUCUUUAAUGUAAUCUACCAAUUUUUUCAGCUUUUACAAAAGCUUUUUGUUAACAUUAAACACUUUCCAUCUCUUAUUUUUAUCAUUAGAGCUGUAGCACUAUAAUGAACUCUUACUUUUUGGCAUAUCUUCUACAUACACUAUUUUGUUAUCCCUGACAUACUUUUCAAUCUCCAAGGCUUGUUUGUAACCUACUUCCCUACCCCCAAUUGAAUUAAAAGCAUUCUGCCUUAUUUUCAUUUAGCUCAAGAAUGAAUACGUUU